CACGGUCUCCACAGGGGAAUUGCCUCUCUGUGUAAACAGGGGGAAACGCUGGAAAGGUUUGGAUCCAGGGGGGUGGCGUUAUCAAGCAGUGGCUGAAAUAAAUAAUCUGCUGGCUAGCAUCGUACAAGUGGACUGCGAGGACGAAUCUUGAGAAGCAGCAAAACUUGUUAGAAGGCCAAUGUGAGGAGUGAAGAGGACCUAGACUGCUUUAAAGACUGUGGGAAAAUAAUUUUUUAAAGUUGGAUAAAAAGAGAUUAAAAAGGAAGAAUCAACAGAACUUGGUAACAAACCGGAAUGGAGCAGAAUCAAAAUAGCGAUGUGGUCCAGUCACAGACAACGGAGGAAGGCUCGAAGCAGAGGAAUUUAAAGCAAAAGGCUCCAGUCUGGGGAAAGAAGGCAUUGCUUGAGUUGUUAGCAGAACAUCCAUGGAAAGACAGCCCAGCAGGCUGUUGGAAUUGUGGCAGCAGAAACCUGGAAGGAGAGAUCAGGAGAGAGAAAUGUGGGAUGGGUGAGGGAAAAUGAGAAAUCUCUGCGCUUGAACAUAUUCUCCGAGGAAAGAGUAAAAUGGGAAAAGAGCAGAGAGCAGAGGUUUUAUCUUUGUGGAAGGCCCAUAUCCAGGGUGGUGAGAAAGAGGAGACCCAGGAAAGAUGGAGAGACAUAAAGGCGGGGUACAGCCCCUUUUUGCCCAGGAGGCGGGAGGUUAUAGACAGAGGAAAGGGGGUAUAUCACCUCUGUUAAAGGUCAUAGAAGCUGGCUGGGAAUUACCUUUUCCAGGUGGAAGGACAGAGGUCAGAGUUCACAGCAAUAUGGACACAGCGCAGUGAGGAAUUCAAGAUCGUGUCUUAAAAUUAACUCAGCGUUUAAAAAAUAAAAACCAAAACCCAAACAAACAAAAAAAAAGUCCAUGAGGUUCUGAAGGCUUCACAGCUGGGGACGUGGGGAUGGGGAGGAUAAAACAGCAGGAGCAGCAGUCACUGGGAUGCUGGGGUCCUACCUAGCCUUGCCAUGGUGUGGCUUUUACGCUGAGGCUGCUUGUUAAUUUCAGUUAUGCAAAGUUCUGAAUCUUGCCAGAAUAGAAAGUGAAAGCAAAAAUAAACUUCCCUCCAUUCAAAUCUGCAACCGCGUGGAUUAAGGUUAAAUCCUUUUAUUGAAACAUAUUGCUGAGAUCCUGAGUGACAUAUCUGGAGGCAACACUACAGUUCUCUGUGGAGAUUUAGCCUGGAUGUUAACUUAUCUUCUAGAGAAUAGAUUUAGUAUUCCAUUCUGCUGUAAUGGCUAAUUCAUGUGGAAAACUAAUACUUAGUAUUUACAUAGGAUUUUACUGCUCAGCAGUCUUCACGCCCCAAAUAUGUAUUUGUUCUCAGUUCACAAGUUCAUCUAUUGAUCAGUUCAAAAAGGACCCCGGGGCUUUCCCAGUAGCCACCAAUGGGGAAAUAUUUCCUUGGCGUGAGCUAAGGCUCCCCACUGUGGUCAUUCCCCUCCACUAUGACCUUUUUGUCCACCCGAAUCUCACCUCCCUGGACUUUGUUGCAUCUGAGAAGAUUGAAGUCUUGGUUCGAGAUGCCACCCAAUUCAUCAUCUUGCACAGCACAGAUCUUGAAAUCAUGAAUGCCACUCUUCAGUCAGAGGAAGAUUUGAGAUACAGGAAACCAGGGGAAAAGCUAACUGUUUUGAGUUACCCCGCUCAUGAACAAAUUGCCCUGCUGGCUCCAGAGAAACUCAUGGCUGACCUGAGAUACUCUGUGGCUAUUGACUUCCAGGCCAAGCUAGCUGAUGGUUUUGAAGGCUUUUAUAAAAGCACGUACAGAACUCUUGGUGGUGAAACAAGAACAAUUGCAGUAACGGAUUUUGAGCCAACUCAGGCACGAAUGGCCUUCCCUUGCUUCGAUGAACCACUGUUCAAAGCAAACUUUUCAAUCAAGAUAAGAAGAGAGAGCAGACACAUUGCCCUAUCCAACACGCCAAAGGUUAAGACAAUUGAACUUGAAGGAGGCCUCUUGGAAGAUCAUUUUGAAACUACUGUAAAAAUGAGUACAUACCUGGUAGCCUACAUAGUUUGUGAUUUCAGCUCUGUGAGUGGCACAGCCUCGUCAGGGGUCAAGGUGUCCAUCUAUGCAGCCCCAGACAAAUGGAGUCAAACGCAUUAUGCUUUGGAAGCAUCAUUGAAGCUGCUGGACUUUUACGAAAAUUACUUUGAUAUCCACUAUCCACUCCCAAAACUGGACCUAGUUGCCAUUCCUGACUUUGAAAGUGGAGCCAUGGAAAACUGGGGCCUCAUCACAUAUAGAGAGACAUCACUGCUAUUUGAUCCCAAGACCUCUUCUACUUCUGAUAAACUGUGGGUCACUGAAGUCAUAGCCCACGAACUAGCACACCAGUGGUUUGGCAAUCUGGUUACAAUGGAAUGGUGGAAUGAUAUUUGGCUCAAUGAGGGUUUUGCAAGAUACAUGGAACUUGUCUCUGUUAACGCCACAUAUCCAGAGCUACAGUUUGAUGACAAUUUUGUGAACAUGUGUUUUGAAGUAAUUAAAAGAGAUUCAUUAAAUUCAUCCCAUCCUAUCUCCAAUCAAGCAGAAACUCCUACUCAAGUAAAGGAAAUGUUUGAUGCUGUUUCCUAUAACAAGGGAGCUUGUAUUUUGAAUAUGCUCAAGGAUUUUCUCAGUGAGGAGAAAUUCAAGAAUGGAAUUAUUCACUACUUAAGGAAGUUCAGCUAUAGAAAUGCUAAGAAUGAUGAUUUGUGGAGCAGCUUGUCAAAUGCUUGUUUGGAAAGUGAUUUUACAUCUGAUGGAUUUUGCUAUUCCAGUUCCAAGACAACAAGCAACACACUCACCUUCCUGCGGGAAAAUGUGGAGAUCAAGGAGAUGAUGGCUACAUGGACUUUACAGAAGGGAAUCCCCCUCGUGGUGGUUAACCGAGAAGGGCGUUCACUCAGACUGCGGCAGGAGCGCUUCCUGAGCGGGGUUUUCAAAGAGGACCCCGAAUGGGGGACCCUGCAGGAAAGGUACCUUUGGCAUAUCCCAGUGACCUACUCCAUGAGUUCCUCUAAUGUGAUUCACAGAUACAUUCUAAAAUCAAAGACAGAUACUCUGGAUUUACCUGUGGAGACCAGUUGGGUGAAAUUCAAUGUGGACUCAAAUGGCUACUACAUUGUCCACUAUGAGGGGCAUGGAUGGGACCAACUCAUUACACUGCUGAAUCAGAACCACACGCUGCUCAGACCUAAGGACAGAAUAGGUCUGAUUCAUGAUGCGUUUCAGCUAGUAAGUGCAGGAAGGUUGACCCUGGACAAAGCCCUUGACCUGACUCGCUAUCUCCAACAUGAAACGAGCAUCCCUGCACUUCUCAAGGGUCUGGAAUACCUAGAAUUGUUUUACCACAUCAUGGAAAGAAGGAAUGUUUCAGAUGUCACUGAAAAUCUCAAGCUUUACCUUCUCCAAUAUUUUAAGCCAAUGAUUGACAUGCAAAGCUGGAGCGACGAGGGCUCGGCCUGGGACAGAGUGCUUCGCUCGGCUCUCUUGAAGCUGGCCUGUUACCUGAACUAUGCUCCUUGCAUCCGGAAGGCAACUGAACUCUUCUCUCAGUGGAUGGAAUCCAGUGGAAAAUUAAAUAUCCCAACAGAUGUUUUAAAGAUUGUGUAUUCCGUGGGUGCUCAAAAACCAGCAGGAUGGAAUUACCUUUUAGAGCAAUACGAACUGUCAUUGUCAGGUGCUGAAAAAAACAAAAUUCUCUAUGCAUUGUCUACCAGCAAACACCAGGAGAAGUUAAUGAAGUUAAUUGAACUAGGAAUGGAAGGAAAGGUUAUCAAGACACAGGACUUGGCAGCUCUUCUUUAUGCAAUUGCCAGAAAUCCAAAGGGGCAGCAAUUAGCCUGGAAUUUUGUAAAAGAAAAUUGGACCCAUCUCCUUAAAAAAUUUGAUUUGGGCUCAUUUCCCAUAAGAAUGAUCAUCUCUGGCACAACAUCUCACUUUUCUUCCAAGGAUGAGUUGCAAGAGGUGAAACUGUUCUUUGAAUCUCUUAAGGCCCAAGGAUCACAUCUGGAAAUUUUUCAAAUUGUUCUGGAAACCAUAUCCAAAAAUAUUAAGUGGCUGGAGAAGAAUCUUCCCACCCUGAGGAACUGGCUACUGAUUAGUAUUUGAAUGGUCAAUAGAAACAGCACAUCAGAUGCAGGCUGUGUCUACGUGAAGUGGGCAACAUUCAAGUCAAAGUUCCGGAUAGUUUAAUGAGUAAGAAGCCUCAAGAAAUCAGCCAGCAUAGCUACCUGUGCUCAGCUAUCAUCCCCAGCUGACAGAUGUUUGAUGCUGGAGUGGGGAAAGGCCAAGUUCAGCAGCCUGUUUUAAAGUGAACUUCCUGAAUAAUGGAGAUAUGUAGAGAUGUAUUGCUAGAUAGAUAUAGCUGUAAUAGUUUAGCUGCAACACAGACUGUUUACAUUGCCCCACAUUAUGCAACUACUAUUUUGCUUCUUUGAUGCUUUUUUUAAGCCUUGCAUAGUAUCCUGAAGUUAGCCCAACCAGGUUACCCUCCAAGGAAAUACAGCCAAUCUCCAAAAAAAAUCUUUCUUUUGCAUCCUUCCAUCUUCUUACUCUCUAGCUCCCUCAACUCAGCCUGAAUAGUUUAUUUAAUUUUUACCAUUUACAUAAAAUCUGAACCAAGUUAUGAAGCAUACAGAUCAGGAAAACAGAGACUUUAUCAUCAAAUCUAAGAUUAUUAGAAACUAGAUGUCAGGGUUUAUCAAGGAAGCCAGAAGGGCCUCUUGGCUUAAGCCUCACAUUCAUAAAGAGCCUCAAUAGUAGCCUUUUGAGGUUAUCUCUAAGUGAAGUUAAAUCUAUAGUCACAGAGGUACAGGAUAGAAAGAGGACAACAUUUUAAUCCAUGUACUAUUGCAUUUUUAAUAAAACUUUUGAAAGUUGCAGAGUUAGAGUGUACUAUGGUGUGUAUUUUGGAUUAAAUUGUGGUUUAAUAUAAAUAUUUAAACAUAUAAUUAUAUUUUGUAACCCAGUUUUGGCAUUUCUUCAUAUUUUAAGGGAGCCUCUUGAUCCCUGCAAUGCUUUUCUAGAUGCUUCUCUUAAUUGUUUGACUAAGGUAUUAAGAAUAAAGAAAACACCACUCUAAAUACAGGUAGUAAAUUGAAUAAAUUCAUGAUCCACAUAUAGAUUAUAAAUAAGUUCUAGAAAGAUUUGAGUCAACACACAGAUGGUUGGCUUAUCUGGGUUAUCAAAGGAGGCUGGGAUUAUCUGGGUGCGAGUGGGGUGGCAGGGUGUUAUCCAAUCCAUCCUUUCUCUGUGGCCACAUUUUUACUCUGCAACAGGAUACAGUUUGAAUGGACCAUGGGCAUGACCCAAUACAUGUUUUGUUAAGUUUGUUUUUAAAUCAUUUCUUGGAGUCUUUGAAGCAUCUUUGACUCUAGAUUUGACCUGUUUAUGGCCCUACCAAGGUUUGUAUUAUCAUCUAUCUGUUAUCCCUCUAGAAUUAUAUGUACUUAGCAUAUAAAAACUGAAAGAGUAAAGAAUACUGUUUUUUCCACCAAGAUAAUGUGUAAAUUAAUCAGUAAAAUAUGUAUUAAUUUCAGUAGAAUUGUGCCAUCAACAUUUCCAUGAAUAAGAAAAGUACUUUCUCAAAUAGAAAAAAAAAAAAAAGAAAGAAAAGUACUUUCUCUUGUGUAGUAAUUUACUACUGUAAAUUUCCAAGUUUUUAAUUAUCUUCCUUUUAGUUCUUUCUUUAAAUACAUUUUUAAUCUCUCAGAUUCUUAAGAAUUGAGUACAGAGAGUGGAAAUUUUAUUAUUUGAUGGGAAUGAAUGUAAGUGCUGUGCCAAUAAUGU